AUGUCCGAUGCAGGACGUCUUGCUCUGGCCGCGCAGCUGGAGGGUUAUGCGUCUGCAGACGACGGAGAACAGAUCGACCUCAAAGCGUACAUCGACGCCACGAAUAACACCCUCAUGGACGUCCCCGCGCACAACAACCUCACCAUGGCCGAAGUCUGUUUCGAGAGCAGCGAGCUGGCGGCGAGAAUGCAGAUUCGGAUUCAGGGCAAUACCAACUACGCCUCCAGGAAGGUCCGCCAGGUUAUCGGGCCCACGCGGGGCGCAGCUGGCGUGCUACAAGACCUCUUUGUUAAUUCCGACCAGAGUUUGUGCCAUAUCAAGCGCGAGCAGUUGGUCGAACAAGGUCGGCGCGCCUGCCAGGAAGUUUAUGCAGACAAACGUGUCUUCGUCGACCGCGCCAUGGGCGCGGUCUCUGCCGGGUGGAAGCCCAUCAUUAGCAUCGUGCCGAUUCCCAACGACGCCCCGCCGACGGUCCAGUGGUGCGCCGCCAACACCAGUGCCGAAGGAAUCGGGAAGAACAAGAUCACCGACGCCAUCGCCAGCAUUAUGUCGGGACCUGAGCCGGAGGACCCCGAGAGGGCCUUCAUCACCCUAGGGUGCGACUUCAAUAUUGCCUCGGCACUUCCCAUCGUUGCGGAGAAGCCCGACGAGCGCGCGAUCCCGGGCGUCUUUUUCCAGCGGCCAGAGUACAGGGCCAACCUCGGCAAGAUUCGGCAGCAAGUGGACCAGCGCCCCCCCCCGCCCCCCUUCUUCGACCCGACCUCCACGAGGCCUUCGGGCCGCGAGACGUACAGUACCGCUUCACGAAUCCAUGCCAAGCCUUUGACAACAAUGGCAGCACAUGCUCUCCGUGCUUGGACCUUGCAGCUGACGCUCGCCUCGGCGUUUUCUCUCGCGCUGAGGGGCAACGAGGAAGAGGAGGUCGGCCAGGUGAACCGUGAGGGUGUCACCAGAUACCAGGAGAAUCGGAUCCACGCGGGAAAGAGCAAAGACAACUGGUGGCCCGGCGCCACCAGCGGCCGCAACCAGGAGGCCUGGAGAGGCGCCGCGGACCUCACCGCCAACAUCUCCUGGGGCUGGCACCACCCGAACGGGCUGUAUGAGACGAUACCCAUCGGAGGGCCGAUGAUCGACGAUGAGAUGAACGUCUACCUCGCCACGGACGAUGCCAUCCGAAAGUUCAGUGCCACUGGCGACCUGCUGUGGAGAGCUACGCCCCUCGCGGGCAGGUGGCCGCUGCGCCCACGCUGCUGCCCGCGCACAGCUCGGGCCUCCGGGCGCCACGGCCGCGGCAGGAGGCCGACGGCUCGGACGAGGAGGAGGAGGAGGAUCGAGGAUGCCCUGGAGGCGGAGGAGGACGUGCGGCCGCAGUGGGCGGCGAACGGCUCGGGCGCCGCCAGGGUGGAGCUCCUGCCCGAGGUGAAGGUUGGGGACCGGAUCAGGGUGCGCACUGGCAUGGGGUACCAUGCGGACGGCGUCGAAUACUUCAAGGCUGGCGACACGGGCAGGGUUUCCAACAUCAAGAGAGAUAACGGCGAGAGCAAGGUGUACAUUAGAUGGCCGAGAACUGGCUAUCUGAGCGUAACGCGGCAGACGAUGUUGGUAAAAAGGUUCAUGUUGUUGAAGCAAAGGGGCACUCUGCUUCCAGACAUGAUGGUGGCCUCUACCACAAAUGGUUACGUGUUUGCGCUUGCACCUGCCACUGGCGAGGAGCUGUGGGCGACAAAGGUCUCAGAUAAGAUAGCUGGAGUCAAGGGGUCUGUCAAAGGUGACAGCGGUGUCAUCGUUGCUGCAACCGACCUUUGCAUAAACAGAUAUUGCUACAAGUACCGUAACAUUACCAAUUCCUUGUCGCCUUCGAACACAAUUAUCCGGGGGCUGGACGCUGCCGAUGGAAGCCAGGUCUGGGCUUUCACGCCAGAGACACCAGUUUGGAAUUUCGUUCCAUACUUCGACGGUGGUCAAUGCUUUUUCACUGACUUCGAAGGCGGUGCGUACUCCUUGAAUGUCUUGUCUGGAGCCCUUGCGUGGCAUAACAAGGGCACUCGGGGUACUUACACACAAGCGGCUGGUCAUUUAGCUAGUCCUGUGAACCAGUUCUACGCGCUCGGUCUUCAAGAGUAUGAUAUUGGCGACUACUGCAACCCUCACGGCUCUCCAGGGAUUUUGCCCCAGUGUUCUGCAGGGCCGGGCUCCGGGGGCUACAUCAAGACAAUCGACACGAGGAGUGGGAACACAUUGUGGACGCUCACGACGCCCGAGCCGCCGGCAGGUGCUGCCAGCGGGCACAUGCGGUUCCAGCAGAUGCAUUAUCGCAUAGUCUUGACUAUGGGCUUCAAUUGCCGCUACAGCUCCAAAAGCAAUUUGUGGAUAAUCGACCCUGGUGGCUCGGUACGACUUGAUUGGCAAGGGCCGACGCUAUGGACUUCCGAUUGCGCAGGUGAGGUCGAGGCCGCGGACGUGCGGAGGAUCGGGGGCGGGCGCACCUCGUGCCAGGCCGCCUCGUGGACACUGCCUGUGAUGGACAGCGCGGGCGACCUCUUCAUCGGCAACCAGGUGGGCCUGCUGCAGAAGUUCUCGUCGCCCACGGACGACAGGAACGUCGAGGUCUCGUCCGCCCUGAGCACGGGCAUGGCCUUCCCAGAGCAGGCCAUUGCGCUCUCGAACGGCAUGAUGGCGGUGACAACGUGCACGUCCCUCAUCGUGUUCCAGACCUACACCUCCCACUUCGACCAGGAGAGGGCAUCUGGGAGCCCAACGCCUCCGACGUGCAGCGCUAGGCCGGCGGCCGCACGCUGCGCGCACCCCCGUCGCCGUGAGGCGGGCGGGUCUCGAGGGGGGCUGCGCCGAGGGGGUCGGCUCGGCGCCGGGACCCCCUCGGCGGCGCCUCCGGCGCCCCCCCGUAGCGCGCUCCGGGGGUCCAGCGCCGAUCCAAGGAAUCCGCGCGGACUUCCGAGUUUUUUUAUGUUCAUGUCAUUGUUUGUCCCCCUCUAAGAGGACACGCUCGGGACCCAGACCCCCGCGGGCCAGGAGAGAGUCAUGACGGGAGGUGUGUCUCGCCACGUUCGGCCUCUCUUGGGCCUCGGGGCCGCCAACAAGCGGCUCGGGAUGGGACUCCGGGAAUGGACGUCCGAGCGAUGGCGAGGAGGGGGAGCGCGGAGAGAUUGUCGCGCACGUCCUCACGCCCUCUUCCAGGCGGGCGCGCGGCUCGGCGCGGCGCCGGAGGAGAGCCCGCACGCGGCUCGGGUCGGCGGCAGCGGUGGUGCCAUUCAUGGCCCUCCUGCCCAGUACACUUCAGUCGGGCCUGUCCCUCGGCAGGAGGAAUGCCCUUCCUUCUGCUCCUCCUUUUUAGCGAUUCAGGCAUCCCCAGACCUCCUCCCCCGUCCCAGGCUGGGACUGGGAAGUAGAGGAGCCUCGGGUGGAGACUGGCAGCCGGUCGCUGUUUAGCGUGUACUUUUAGCGGUGUUGCUGUUGCGGGAUUGUGGCGGCGCUUGGACCGCGUAUGCGUGGGAUUGCACGCACUGCAAGAUUUCGCUCUCACGACUCCUGCCUUUGGCAUCGUCUCAUCGAUCCCCGUUCCAAGUGGGCCAUGGCGCAGUACGGUGGGGGCGUUGGUUAAGGAAUGUGCUGAGAAGGCCUCAGACCCUGGAGGGGUCCUUAUCUGAGGAGGGCGGC